CGCCGAUAGAGGAGCUCUCGCUUCUUGCUCCAGGGAUUGUACCUCAGAUGGACUUGAUAUAAGCCAAGAACACGCAGUUUAUCUCAGACCAUGAACACUUAGGUGAGUGUCGGUGUGUGAUUUAUCCCGUGGAUGCGGCUGUCGGGGUCGGUGUCUGAGCCCUGCAGGAGCAGCCUGUCAUAGGGCAUCAUGGUUUCUCUGGUUCUUCACAAGUGGAUGAGGAAUAUUUCUCCGGAGAUGCUGCUGUUGGUGCAGAUAUUGUGGUUUUUACCAGUGACUGGAGCGGCUCCUUCCCUGACUACCGAGCAGCUGGACAUGGGGGUGGACUGGCUGAGCAGGUUCGGCUACCUCCCGCCCCCUGACCCAGUGACUGGUCAGCUUCAGACCAAGGAGGCCCUGACCAAGGCCAUCAAAGCCAUGCAGAAGUUUGGAGGGCUGAAGGAGACCGGAGUCUUGGACCAAGCCACGUUGGGUCUAAUGAAAACACCCAGAUGUUCUCUGCCAGAUGUGUCUGAGGCUGAGGUGACAGUGGGCCGCAGGAAACGAGGCUUGAACCCUCAGAACAAAUGGAAUAAGAGGCAUCUUUCCUGGAGAGUGAGGACCUUCCCUAAGGAUUCAGCCUUAUUGGGCAGGGAUACUGUUCGAGCCCUGAUGUACUACGCCUUGAAGGUCUGGAGCGACAUCGCUCCUCUUAACUUCCACGAGGUUGCCGGCAGUGACGCAGAUAUUCAAAUCGACUUCACUAAGGCCGACCACAAUGAUGGAUAUCCCUUUGACGGGCCAGGGGGCACUGUGGCACAUGCAUUUUUCCCCGGAGAGAGGUUCACAGCCGGGGAUACACACUUUGAUGAUGAUGAGGCGUGGACCUUCAGAUCACCAGACUCCCACGGCAUGGACCUGUUUGCUGUUGCAGUCCAUGAGUUCGGUCACGCCAUCGGCCUGGUCCACACCUCAGCCAUGGAGUCCAUCAUGAGACCGUACUACCAGGGUCCUGUAGGAGACCCUCUGAAAUACGACCUACCUUAUGAAGACAAGGUCCGCGUCUGGCAGCUCUACGGUGUCAGAGACUCUGUGUCCCACACCAAUCGACCAGUCAACCCCUCCCAGACAGCUGAACCUCCCGUCCUGCUGGACCUUCCUGAAAACAGAUCCACCCUCUUGCUGGCGCGAGAUGCCCCAGACAGAUGCACCAGUCACUUUGAUGCUGUGGCCCAAAUACGAGGGGAGGCCUUCUUUUUCAAAGGGAAGUACUUCUGGCGACUAACUCGAGAGAAGCACCUGGUGUCUCUGCGUCCGGCUCAGAUCCAUCGCUUCUGGAGGGGCCUUCCACCCAAUCUGGACAGUGUGGACGCUGUGUAUGAGAGACCAGGGGACCACAAAAUUGUGUUUUUUAAAGGUCUAAAGUACUGGGUGUUUAAAGACAAUAACGUGGAGGAAGGUUACCCUCGUCCAAUCAGUGACUUUGGCCUACCUUCAGAAGGCGUAGACGCAGCUUUUGUUUGGCUCCACAACGACAAAACCUACUUCUUCAAGGACAACGACUACUGGCGCUACGAUGAUCACGUGAGGCGAAUGGACAUGGGCUACCCUAAAGACAGCACGCUUUGGAAGGGGCUGCCACCACAGCUGGACGACGCCAUGAGGUGGUCUGAUGGCUCGUCCUAUUUUUUCAAGGGGAAGGAGUACUGGCGAGUGCCGGGCAGCGACAUGGAGGUGGAGCCAGGAUACCCCCGCCUCAUCGCUAAGGACUGGCUGCUGUGCACCGAGAUGCAGUCGGACUCUCCAGACACAGAGCCCAAAAGUACAGAGACGAGAAUCAACGGGCACCAUCACCCAGACCACGCAGAGAAUGGAUACGAGGUUUGCUCCUGCACCUCUGACACCGCCUCGCCUUUGGGUGUCCGCCCCUCCCCAUCUCCCAUCUGGCUCCUGCCGCCACUCUGGACGCUCUCGCUGGCCCUCCGCUCUGAACUGCUAUGAUGCCAAAGCAUGGGACAAAGUUCUCAAGUUGGGUACAAGAGAGAGACUCACUCGUGGAGGGCCAGUGGAAACUAAAUACAAACUUAAAAAUUUUGUUCAUAUAAAUAUCAAUUGGUAUGUUUUGCUAUUAUUUUGCUGUUAUUUAUUUCACAUGCCAUUUGGUGGUCAUCUAAAGCACCUUGCAGUAUGAGUAGUGCAUACAGUUAUCAUGCUAUUACACUAGGGUAUCCCUAGUAAUCAUCAAUCCACUGACAAUAACAGUGCUAGUACCGUACUUUACAGAUUGAGUUACACGGAAUCACAAGUUCUAUUCUUUACCGUCUUGAGUGACUAAACUGUCUCUGAAAGGAAAGAGUGGGACUGAUCAACAUCAACUGUUCACAUCUACAACAGUUUUCUGCACCACACUGAUGAUAAUUACUUUUUUCAUGUUGAAGUUUACAGCAAUAAUGAAUGGCAUUGUGGGAUGUAAGCAGAUAGACAUUGAUUAAAAGGUACAUUUUUACCUUAAAGGAAUAAUUCCACAUUUUGGGAAAAAAUCUUACUGGGAGUCGGACGAGAAGAUCGAUACAACUCUCGUGUCUGUACGCUAAAUAUGAAGCGAUAGCCAGGAGCUGCUUAGCUUAGCUUAGCAUAAAGAUCGGAAACAAAGGGAAACAGCUAUAGCCUGGCUCUGUCCAAAGGUACAGGAACUCAUUCCACUCAAGAACGCCUCUAAAGCUAAUGAUCACAUUUUAUCUAGUCCAUACAAAAACAGUGUACAAUGAAGAGUGCUAGUUUUUACAGGUAGUUGUGUGCUGGUAGGCAGAUUGUGUUACCUUCAGACAGAGCUUACUGUUUCUCCCUGUUUCCAGGCUUUAUGUGAGGCCAAGCUAAGCUGCUAUAUUAAUAUAACUUCUGGCAGGAAUGUAAAUUAGCAUAUUCCCCAAAUUGUCUGACUAUUGCUUUAAAUCGUGCCUGGCAAGCAGACCUUUCUGCCAAGCUGCUUACUGCAUCCCAGCAUUCUCCACCAAUGAAAUUGGUUGGUUUCAGUUACAGUUAAGGUUAUGGCCACAGUUGGGGUUUGGUUCCACCAAUCCUCAAGAAAGAGAGAGGACUUUAACUCAGUCGGACAGGUAGAGCAGCCUGAAAGACUUAAACCAGGGCAAAGAAUGACAUUCGGAAAUACAGAUACUAUCGUUAGACAGGUAACUGACACCUGGGCAUGUAUCAAGGCAGACAGGUGAAAAGUACCCUGGGAUUUAGUGUAGAUAGAUAGUUAGGCUUACAGAUGAACAGCCCCAUGGGGUGUUGACAGGAUGACACAUGAAUGGCAAGCUGGGAUGUCGACAGGUAGAUGAAUGGCGCCCAGGGCUUCAAAAAGGUAGACAGGUGAAUACCAUUAAGUGCAGCUACGUGGAGAAAAGGGCACGCUGGGAUGUGGGAAGUGAGACAAAUGAAUGAUUUCUUGUUAGACAGAGAGUUAAGAUCCCAGACUUUCUUAAUGUCGCUUAACGUCAUUAUGUUCGCUUAAAUCCCUUACCCAUACUCCCCACGCUUUUCGAGGAACUGCUGCUCAUGUAUCUCCAUGAAUUUAUCACUUUCACCCCCGAUACAGAAGCAUUCCCUGCCUCUAUCAGAGGCAGUAUCGGUUUUGUUGUAUUUUUUGUAUUGAAUAUGGAUAGAUUGUGAUUCCAUAUUGCUUUGAUCAGAUUAUAGUUCACUGAGCCUUUUCUUCAUCAAUCCAAGCUCCUACUGGUGACGUCCUUCGCAGACCUCACAAGAUAGCAACCGGAUUUAUUAUUGCUGAUAUAUUUACCUACAGUUUAAGUAUAGACACAGAUAUAUUUGAGUCGAGAUGUUCCAUGGUUCCUGCAAAACCAAGUGGACUGUGUAUAUUUCAAGCUGUGUUUUCUAAUGUAAAAUAUUUUUGUAAAAAAAUAAAAGAAUCCGAAUGACUUUAU